CUAAUCUUUCGCGCCCCCGCGACCUCAAACUCCAGGGCGCAUCAACAACGGCACGCUCAAAGGUUGAUCAAUCGUCGCCCUUGAUCAUUUUCAUGUCCCCUUGAAGGAAGACGAGGGUACAUGUAUUGUACACCGAUGUUAGAUGAGUGCAACUUCAGUCUAUUUCCAGACAGAAUCUAGCAACUCUUUGUCGUCUCAGGUCCGCCAUUCGAUAUCAAGGCAUACCUAGAUAGAUUGUUAUCUGAUCGCAUUUGAUCCCGAAUCCAGGGACGACAAGCACUUAUCAAGUCAGGAAGACCUCACCUCGCCUUCGUGUCAAUCACAACGACGACAAGUUGGAGAAGGUAUCUAUUUCCCUCACAUCCCUGGUAUCCGAAGAAAAGCGACGUGUUCUGGCGGAUAGCAAGGAACUCGCCUGCACAUAUCCGGUACAGUUUCAUUUCGAAACCCCACCAGCACACUGCCAGCAGGGGCUACGGCGUCAGGAUGAGCCCGAUAGCAAAGGCCAAAUCGCUUGAUCACCUCGUCUUGACCGUCAAAGACCUCGACGCGACGGUCAAAUUUUACGGAGAAAUCCUCGGCAUGCAGCAUACCUCUUUUGGGGCAGCCAACGACCCGAGCAUCCAACGACACGCCCUCAAGUUUGGCAAUCAGAAGAUCAAUCUCCACAUCAGCGGCAAGGAAUUCGUGCCCCGAGCUCAAAAUGUGCAGCCCGGGAGCGGCGACCUCUGUUUCUUAGUGGAGGACAAUGUCGACGACGUAUUGGGCAAAUUGAACGAGAGGAAGAUCGACGUCCUCGAGGGAGGAAAGGUGGUUCAUCGAACUGGCGCCCAAGGCCAAUUGCGCAGCGUCUAUAUUCGUGACCCAGACGAGAAUUUGAUUGAAUUAUCGAAUCUGGUCCAGUAGCAAAACCUCGUUGUUCUCCAGAGACGGACGAUUGGGGCCUCUUCUGUAUAACGGAAAAGCAAAUCCGAAAGUGAUGAGCAGCGUGCACUUCCCAUGGAUGAUUGAUGAACAGCCCAUGCUAUACGAAUGUUGGGCGACGUAACCUCAAGGAGCCUCCCAGAGUCUGCUCGACACAGCCCAUGGGCAGUGUAGCAUCGGUAUAUAUAGCAAUUUGACAUUGAUAGUUCAAACAAGAUGAUAUGUG